ACAAAGCAAGGUCACUGGUCUCCUUCUGCAUCAUCAGUCAUACAGAGUGUGUUUGCCGGUCUCCUUCUGCAUCAUCAGCCAUACAAAGCAGGUUCACUGAGCCAUAGAAAGCAUACACACAGCCAACAUAUGAAACAGCACACAGUUAACACCCCAUCACCCCAGAUGUUAACCCCUUCCUGCUCAGUGCCAUUAAUACAGUGCCAGUACUUUUUAUUAGCACCGAUCACUGUAUUGGUGUCACUGGGGAUGAAAGUGACACCAAGUCAGUUUCCCCCCCAGUGUCAGAAUGCCCGCCGCAGUCCUGCUAUAAGUUGCUGA